AUGGGUAGCUCGCUGCUCGAGCUGGGGCCCUGCGAGUGGAAUGCAGCCCGCCGAGCGAGGGAAGCAGAUCGCGGACCCUUUGAACCCUGGAGGGAGCGUUACCCAAUUGGGAGGUGCGUAUUCGUGAGCGUUCCAAUGGACCCGGCGACGUCCUGGCAUACGCAGGCUUGGGACUUUGGAUCGCGUUCAAGUGACCCGUCAAGAGGGAACCGCAGAGGCGGCAUGAGGAAUCUGAGGCGAGGGGAAGAGGUUUGGUAUCCCGCCGCCGGAGCUCUUAUCCUUGACGACAUGAUAUCCUGA